AGUCACCAGCCUUUGAUCCUCGAGUUCCACACCUGAAAAACAGGACAGUAAUCGCCCUUGCCUGUCUCACAGCGCUCGCUAGGACCAGGUCUGAGGGGAAACUUCAUCAAUGGGAUGUUCGGCGCAGAUCUCAUUUGUUUGCAGGAUAUUGAAUAAUAUCAUACAUUUAAGAAAAAAAUGGAUGAAGAACCUGAAAGAACUAAGCGAUGGGAAGGAGGCUAUGAAAGAACAUGGGAGAUUCUUAAAGAAGAUGAAUCAGGAUCACUUAAAGCUACAAUAGAAGAUAUCCUGUUCAAAGCAAAGAGAAAAAGAGUAUUUGAGCACCAUGGACAAGUUCGACUUGGAAUGAUGCGCCAUCUUUAUGUGGUAGUAGAUGGAUCAAGAACAAUGGAAGACCAAGAUUUAAAGCCAAAUAGGCUGACAUGUACUUUAAAGUUGUUGGAAUACUUCGUAGAGGAAUAUUUUGAUCAAAAUCCUAUUAGUCAGAUUGGAAUUAUUGUGACAAAGAGUAAAAGAGCUGAAAAACUGACAGAACUCUCAGGAAACCCUAGAAAACACAUAACAUCUUUGAAGAAAGCUGUAGAUAUGACCUGCCAUGGAGAGCCAUCUCUUUAUAACUCCUUAAACAUGGCUAUGCAAACUCUAAAACACAUGCCUGGACAUACAAGUAGAGAAGUCCUAAUCAUCUUUAGCAGCCUCACAACGUGUGAUCCGUCUAAUAUCUAUGAUCUUAUCAAGACCCUAAAGGCAACUAAAAUUAGAGUGUCUGUUAUUGGAUUGUCUGCAGAAGUUCGGGUUUGCACAGUACUUGCUCGUGAAACUGGUGGCACAUACCAUGUUAUUUUAGAUGAAAGUCAUUACAAAGAAUUGCUGACACAUCAUGUUAGCCCUCCUCCUGCCAGCUCAAGUUCUGAAUGCUCACUGAUUCGUAUGGGAUUUCCUCAGCAUACUGUUGCUUCUCUGUCUGAUCAAGAUGCAAAACCCUCUUUCAGCAUGGCGCAUUUGGAUAGCAAUGCUGAGCCAGGACUUACAUUAGGAGGCUAUUUCUGUCCACAAUGUCGGGCAAAGUAUUGUGAGCUUCCUGUUGAAUGUAAAAUCUGUGGUCUUACUUUGGUGUCUGCUCCCCAUUUGGCACGGUCUUACCAUCAUUUAUUUCCUUUGGAUGCUUUUCAAGAAAUUCUUCUAGAGGAACAUAAUGGAGAAAGAUUUUGUUAUGGAUGUCAGGGGGAAUUGAAAGACCAACAUGUCUGUGUUUGCACUGUGUGCCAAAAUGUUUUCUGUGUGGACUGUGACGUUUUUGUUCAUGACUAUCUCCACUGUUGUCCUGGCUGUAUUCAUAAUAUCCCAACUCCUUCAGGAAUUUGAUUCCAAUAGAACAUGUUAAAAAAACUUGCAAGUGGAAAUAAAAUGAUUCUUUACAGGAAGCUCCAAUUAAAACAUGACAAGCUGUUCAAAAGGAAAAUAUCAUUAAAGAAACAUUUUGCUAAGAAAA